AUGGCUGAGUUUGCUCUCCUCUUUUUCACAAUAUUUUCACUCUUUUCCACUACCGUUUUUAGCCAAGCUUCUUCUUCUCCCCCUAAACCUUUAGUUGUACCAAUCCGUAAAGAUCCCACUACUAACCUUAUAGUAGCCAAUAUUUACGGAAGAACCCCCCUUAUCCCGGUGGGCUUCAUCGUGGACCUUAACUCUCGCCACGUUUGGGCUUUUUGCGAGACCAAAUACAACUCAACAACCUUUAGUCAGCCCAAAUGUGAUUCAGUCCAAUGCAAAAUAGCCAAUACUCGCUAUUGCUUUACCAAUUGCCAAGGUGCUAGAGCAUUUUGCCAUACUAAUACAUGUGGGUAUGCAUUGGAGAAUCCAGUGACCCACCAAGCCACUGUGGGUGAGUUAGCUCAAGAUGUCAUCGCUAUUCGUUCGACCAACGGGUACAAACCCGGCCCGUUGGUCCGUGUACGUGACUAUUUAUUCACCUGUGCCCCAGCCAACUUUGGUGAAACAAGCUUCCCCAAAGGCGUUCGAGGAGUAGCUGGGCUGGCCCAUGCUCCCAUCGCGCUACAAAAUGUGCUUGCCUCUAGACUUGGUAUUAAGCGUAUUUUCACUAUGUGUAUCCCAUCUACUUCCUCUGCUGAUGGGGUCAUUUUCUUCGGGUCAGACGGGCCUUACAGUUUCCUACCGGGCAUCGACGUAUCAAAAAGUCUCAAAUACACACCCUUAACCAUAAGCCCAUUUGAUGAAUAUUACGUCAAUGUUAAGUCCAUUAAGAUUAACCAAAAGCCCGUUCCCGGCCUAAACGUUACUUUGCUAUCGGUAAAGGAUACGGGUUCCGGUGGCGGAACCACAUUCAAUACCAUGUUGCCUUACACCAUUUUAGAGGAAUCCACAUUUAAGGCCAUUACUUCAUUUUUCGCUAAGCAGCUCUCUAAGGUGCCAACAGUGAAGCCUGUUGCACCUUUUGGGCUUUGCUACGAGUCCAAACAUUUCUCAUCAACCCGAUUGGGCCCUGGAGUACCCAGUAUCGAUCUCGAGAUGGAGGGUAAGGAUGCAGUUUGGUCCAUUUUUGGGUUGAACUCCAUGGUUGAGGCCCGACCCGGAGUGCUAUGUCUGGCAUUUGUGAAUGGUAAGAAUGAGUACAGAGCUAAUGUCAACAUUGGUACAUACCAAAUGCAGGAUAUUCCACUCAAAUUUGAUAUAGGAAAGCAAGUGUUGGGCUUUGGUGGCCCACUUAGUGGAGUUCGGACUCAUUGCUCAAACUUCGACUUCAAGACUUCUGCAUAA